AGUAAAUAUAAACUGCUAAAUACCUUUUCCCAUCAACAGUUAGAACAGUCUUGUGACUUCAGCAGAGCACUGGUUAAAGCUUGUAGGAGGAGUUUUCUUUCUGCUCUAGGAGGAUGCAAAACCCCUGACCUCUGUCCGGACAGUGCUGAUUGGCCCUGUACUGAUCACAUGCACCCUCCCAAGAAAUAAACACUAAACUAAGCAUAUGCAGAAGGGCUACGGGUUCAGUUUGUCUUUUCAGCAUGGACAUUUGAACAAGAGGAGGGGCAGAGAAGUCAGGAUCAAACA